AUGCCGUCCAAGCUGCAGCAGGACCGGUACCCGCAGAUCUCGCUCUCGGACGAGGAGCGCGCCAAGUAUGACCUCUCCGCGCGCAUCUUCCUGCUGGAGACCAUGGCCGAGCGCGCCAAGUUCGACCCGGACAACAUCGACCCGACCCAGUGGGAGUACGUGCGGCGGCGCCAGUCCAUGAGCGUCUACCACAGCGUCAAAGGCACACCGGACCCGGCCGUGCUGCUCAUGCUCGGGACGGGGCUCAUCGACGGCUCGAUCGAGGACGUCAUGAACGGACUUUACUGCGACACCACGGAGGACUUGCGCGUUGGCAAGGUGUUGCUGGGGUAUCCGCUGGCAGGGGGCGCCGUCAUGAACGUCAGCGAGCGGAGAAGCGCCAAGGAUCCCUACCGCUUCGCUGGCAUCAAGUGGUUCGCGGCGAAGUCCGUGUGGGGAUUGAUGCGGGAUCGCGAUGUAUUAACCUACGAGCGGAUGGGACUGACCGUCGAUGCGGACGGCGAGCAAUGGGGGUAUCAUACGCUGCAGUCCACGCGUCGUCCCGAAUGGCCGAUGGAAGCCAUCCCUGGCAUGCAGCGGCAACACACAGCCACGUGCUACCUGUACCGACCGCGUCGCGAUAUCAACAAGACCGAGAUCUUCAUGUGGGGCUCCAUCUACAAGUUCGGCAAGUACCCGGACAAGGUCAUCUACUACGGAGUCGCCACGACCUGGUUGAACGUUGUUCACAGCCCCAAGAGCGGCCACGCCAAGAAGUUCAGCGCGUUGAUGGAGCGAGCCGACAGCCACGGAUGGACGCCGUCGAGCAAAUCGUGCCAUGUGUGUUCGAAGCAACCUCUUCUGGGCAGCUACGCCACGUGCGCGGGCUGUCACCAGAGCGUGUGCAAGGACUGCUCGCGCCAGAAGAACAUCUUCGCGCUGGAUGCCAAGGGCAAGAAGCCGCUGCGCCGGUUGUUCUGCGUGUUAUGUAUCAAGAGCGUGAUCGGCAGCGCGCACUGGAGCGUGGACGACCACAUCGAGGCCAGUCGACUUGAGUCCGAGCCCGAGUUCUUCGCGACGAUGUCGAGUCUCACGGGCACGGAGAGCGUCAGCACUGGACGCAGCGACAGCAUCUUUGGCGACAACCGUAGCGACCAGCUCGCGGAUCCGUUCCGCCCGCGGGUCUCAACUUCUCCCACCGCGAGCUUCCCCGUCUUAGGCACUCGUGGGCCGCUGGACCCGGAGGCGCAAUUGGUCCUGGACUGCGCGGGUCGCUUCCCCUUCUGCGUCGUGUGGUCGCCGCUCCCCUUCAUCACGUGGGUGCUGCCGUUCAUCGGCCAUCUCGGUAUCGCCGACUCGGAAGGAAUUAUUCACGACUUCGAGGGUACGGACACUAUCGGUCGGGACAACUUUCUGUUUGGAGCUCCGACGCGAUACAUUCAGCUGGACGUUGCACCGGACCAAGUGACUCGCUGGGAUGAAGCGGUGGCUAAAGGGUCUGCCACCUAUGGCCACCACGCCUACAACUUCUUCUUGGACAACUGUCACUCGUACGUGGCCGAGUGCCUCACAGAGUUCCCAUUCAGCGGACGCAGCACCUGGAACAUGGUGACGUGGUUGCCAUUCGCGCUCGUUGCCCUCGUUGCUACGAACUACUACGUGCUGCAUUAG